AGCGGAAACCAUGACGUCAUAUCAGCUGUUUUGGCCCCCAGUGCAGUCUGUCGCAAGUGUAGACGUCAUUUUCAUUUCAGGAAUACAUCACGGUUUUAGUAGUAGCACUAUGCAUGCACUAGCACUGUAGUGUGUGUCAAUUUGACGGUGUGACGCUGCUUCGGAGACGAGAAAGUAGAACGCAGAGCAUGGCGCCAUGAGCUGAGCGCUGAAACGUUUGUGAUCAAAGGCACCCGCAUUUGAGAUCAAAGGCACCGAACGCCGCGGUUACAUCUGUUGCCAUGCAGCAGUCAGAGAGCGGCGGAGGGGCGGCGACUUCAGAAGUCCAGCUCAACGACCAACCCAGCGCGCUCAUCGCGUGUAAAGUGGCCGAAGAGGUUUUUAAUGAGCAGCAGUUAAAGGAGCAGUUUGAGGCUUUGUUCCGCGCAUUUGAUCCAGGCACAUCGUUCCAGUUCUUCAAAAGCUUCAGACGGGUUCGGAUCAACUUCACCGAUGCUUUAGCAGCAGCCGAGGCCCGAGUCAAACUCCAUAAGAGUGACUUCAAUGGAAAGGAGAUGCGUCUGUAUUUCGCUCAGUCGGUACAUAUCGGCAGUCCUCGCCUUGAGCCUCCUAAACCAGAGAAGCAGUUCCUCAUCUCCCCGCCGGCAUCGCCCCCUGUAGGCUGGGCGCAGUCGCAGGAUGCUAUGCCCGUCCUCAACUACGACCUGCUGUGUGCUGUGUCUAAACUAGGACCAGGCGAGCAGUACGAGAUCCACACUGGAACCACCAACACUCCCAGCGUCAUCGUGCACGUGUGCGAGGACGAAAUCUCCGAGGACGAGGAGGAAGCAGCAGAGAGCGGCAAACGCGCACGACCCAAGAUCAUCCAGACCCGUCGCCCAGACUAUGUCCCGUCCGUUAACCAGUGAGCGGAACAUUCUGGGCCGUUUCAUCUCCGCGACCAACACGGGAAUAACUAGGAAACAUGCAGUCAUGCAGUUUGUCAUCCUCACCACCGGGGGUGGUGGUGAGCGUCAAAUCCUCUUCCUAGUUAGCGAGGGAGUCGACCAUCCUCAUAAUCUCGCGUUUCAUUUCUUAACAUCCAUCUCUGAUGGAGUCAGGGACUUGGGAGAGUUUCUCUCGUAUUAUGAAUGUCAUUAUUUGCUUGACGUCACAACUGUGUAUUUUAAUAAACCGAGAGAAAAGCGAAGGAAAAGUGCGAGACUGCAUCUGAUAUAUACGGAAAAACGUUUUUGCGUUGCACAAACAAACAAACGUGUCUGAAUUGUGUGUCGUUCGGGGCCACUAACAUGUACUCGUCGUCAUUAUCAUGUAUCGUCUCUACGUUUAGUCAGUUAAGCACUCGUACAGUCUUUGAAAAGUCAUUAUUAUUGUUGCUGAAGUUCUUUGCGAGCUCCUCCAAGUAUUAUGCACUUUAAAAAUAGAGCCUUAUAAUGUGGUAAACUGACAACAACAUGAAGUACUUGUCUUUGUAUAUAGAGCGCAACUGUGACCGCCGACUUUUUCCGCCUUGGUAACGCGCGUAUUUUCCCAUUCGUUUUCUCCAUCAAUCACAAGCAAAAAGUUAUUUUGAACAUUGGUAAAAAUGAAGACAAUUGUACUAAUCUGUUAUGAGGGAAUGAAUCAUUGUGAAUGUAUGGAAGGAAAAAAAUAUGAGAUUGGAGGUAAAAUUAUAUGUCGAUGCUUUGUGUUCUCUCACAAAUUUUUUGCGUUCGUUCGCAAAUAACAAAAGUUUUCAAACACAAAGUUUCUCGAGGGAAAGCUGCACUUUUGUGAUCGAAUGCAAAAGCUUUGAAAAAUAUUUCUUCCUUUAAUCUCAUAUUUUUUCCAUUAUGAAGUUCCUUUAGGGGCUCCGUAUGAAUAUAUAAUUGCAUCAAAAUAAAAUAAAUAAAUAAAUAAUGACUAUGAGUCAAUAUUAAUUAAAUAAAAUGUUUUAUUUGU